AUGAUUAUUCAUGGUUCAAAAAUGAGCAAAACAGAAAUCAAAGCUUGUUAUGAAAAAUCCAAAACUUUAGAAACAGGUUGUGAUUUUAUUAAAUGUUUUCAUGAACGUUAUCGUUGUAAUGAUGAAAGUGUAACAGCAUGGGCACAUGAAUUAUGUCAACAAUUUCCUAAAGAUAUUGUUUUACAAUUUACACCACAAGGAAGACAAAUGAUGAUCAAUGUACAAAAUUGUACACAAGAUUUCCUAGCUCGAACAUAUAAUCAACGAAAAUCUAUCAAUUGUAAUGCAUUCGAAUCAAAAUAUUUUUCAACUUUAGCAAAAUGUUAUUCAAAGGCAAAUGAUUUUUGUCAAGUUUUUAAAGAUAAUAGAGCGUUAUUUAUGAAACAAGCAACAACAGUUAUGCUAAAAAAACCACGAGCAUUACAAGCCUUCGCAAUUGCUGCAAAAAAUUGUACACGUAUGAUUACUGUCGAAUAA